AUGAACAAGUCAUUGUUCAUGCGUAUUGUUGACCGCCUCUCCAAUGAAGUUCCAUACUUUUGUCAAACACAAGACGUUACCGGAAGAAGUGGUCUCUCUACACUUCAAAAGUGUACAGCCGCAAUUUGUGUCUUGGCAUAUGGUUCUGCCUUUGAUGCGGUCGACGAAUACAUCCGGCUCGCUGCAAGCACGGCUCGCAUCGAUUGUAUGCAUUGGGAGUGGAAGAAUUGUCCCACCAGUUGGAAAGGACAAUUUUCUCGUGGUUCGGAAAAACCCACAAUCGUUUUAGAGGCGGUUGCUGAUUAUGAUCUCUGGAUAUGGCAUGCGUUCUUUGGACUUCCAGGUACUUUAAAUGAUAUCAAUAUUCUUGAUCGCUCACCUGUUUUCGAUGACAUCAUACAUGGCCAAGCUCUACAAGUGAAUUUCUGGGUGAACGGAAAUCCUUAUUCAAUGGUUUACUAUCUCACCGAUGGUAUUUAUCCUAAAUGGGCAACUUUUAUCCAAUCUUACCACUUCCACAAGGACGGAAAGCAGUUUUAUUUGCUAAAACUCAAGAAGCUGUCCGAAAAGAUGUCGAGCGUGCUUUCGGAGUCUUGCAAGCACGAUUUGCCAUUGUCAAAAAUCCAGCACGUUGUUGGGACAUACUCAAGAUUGGGAAGAUUAUGA